AUGCUGGACUGGACCAAUGUGAGUGUCUACCUUUUCCUAGCUGUUACUAUUCUGAAGUGGACUGGUCUUGCAGAGGCAUCUUCAGAGAGGUUCGACUCUCCGAUUGUUUUGGAUGUUGGUCAACGAUCAAUUUCAAAUGAAGAGAAGUCAGCUGAUCUGGCAGCAAAACUCCUGCUUCUGGAUGAACUAGUCUCUCUGGAAAAUGAUGUGAUUGAGACCAAAAAGAAAAGAAGUUUUCCAGGUUUUGGAUCUCCACUAGACAGAAUUUCAGCAAGCGCCACUGAAAUAAAGGGAAAGCAAAGGAAAGUAGUUGAUCUUACAAAAAGGAGAUUUGGGAUUCCAAUUGACAGGAUUGGCAUGAAUCGACUUGCGAAUACUAGAGGUUAA